GCACUUCCGCAGCUGCCGAACUUUGCGCAUGCGCCGCACUGUGAGGAAAACGUCACCGUUUUUGACGUCACAACGCCCUGACAGUCAACGUCGCAGACAUGGAGGAAGUGAAAGUAUUUCCACUGUCCUGCGUGGUCCAGAACUAUGCCUGGGGAAAGGUGGGGCUGGACAGUGAGGUGGCUAAACUUGUCCUUGGAGGAGACCCCCAAGUUGUAAUAGAGGAUGGCAAGCCGUAUGCUGAGCUUUGGAUGGGAGCCCACCCAAAAGGUGAUGCCCUUAUCAAAGACAACAGGAUAUCUCAAAGGACACUGGGGCAGUGGAUCGCAGAUUACCCAGGAUGCUUGGGAUCAAAGGUCAAAGACAUGUUCCAGGGACAGCUCCCCUUCCUCUUUAAAGUGCUGUCUGUCAACACUGCACUGUCCAUCCAGGCCCAUCCCAACAGGGAGCUGGCUGCCAAACUUCAUGCCCAGUUUCCUGAGCACUACCCAGACAACAACCAUAAGCCAGAAAUGGCCAUCGCUCUCACACAGUUUAAAGGCCUCUGUGGCUUCCGGCCUCUGGAGGAAAUCAUCAGUUUCCUCAAAGCUGUCCCAGAAUUCCAUGCUCUGGUAGGUAAUGAAGCAGCAGAUGAGCUGCAGAGUUGUGUAGGUAACCCAGGCCGAAUCUCUCUGGCUCUGAAGAAGUGCUUCAGCAGGAUGAUGAACUGUGAGAAGAAAGUAUUUGUGGACCAGCUGAACAUGCUGGUUAAAAGAGUGUCAGAAGAAGCGGCUGCAGGGAAGGAUACAUCAAGCAGUAAUGGAGAGUUGUUGCUGCAGCUGCACUCGCAGUACCCAGGUGACAUCGGCUGCUUCUCUAUCUACUUUCUGAACCGCAUCGUGCUGCAGCCAGGAGAGGCUAUGUUCCUGGGAGCCAACGAACCUCAUGCCUACCUUUCUGGAGACUGCAUUGAGUGCAUGGCCUGUUCGGAUAACACUGUGCGGGCUGGCCUGACCCCAAAGUACAUUGAUGUGAACACGUUGUGUGAAAUGCUGAACUACAGUCCUGCUCCAGUCAGUGCCAAAAUUUUCCCCUCAAUUCAAGACCCCUCAGACCCUUGCGUCUACCUGUACGAUCCACCUGUACCAGACUUCACUGUCAUGAGGAUACAGAUUCCUCCCUCAGUGAAACAGUACACAGUGAGCCCUCUGGACUGUGCUGGAAUUCUGCUGGUGGUUCAGGGUGAGGCCAGUGCUUCUUCAGCUGCUGCUUUCACUGACAUCAUGCUGCGGAGGGGUUCUGUGCUCUUCAUUUCGGCCAAUGAGAGUGUCACGCUGCAGGUGACAUCGUCAACUGGGAUGAUUAUGUUCCGGGCCUGCUGUUUGCUGUAGAUGAAAGGGUCUUUGUUGAGUAUUCCAUUUUAUCUUGAUGGGAUCAGAUCUGAUGUCAGAAUUUAGCCCUGUUUUAAUGUUGCUUAUUUGUCCGUGAAUUUGAGGGAACAUAACUAUUGAGGAUCAUCACACAGACUUCAGCAAUAUGCAGACAGAUAGGAACAGGCAGUAUAAUACCACAUACAUUCACCAGCAUGUAAAUGGGAACAUAUUAUGGAGUUUUUCCUCGUGGUCUUGUUGUUUGAACUUUUUCCGAGCUGAGUUAGGUAACAGGGAUUUUACUAACAGUGUGACGGUUUAAUAGAACAGUUUACAAUGUGCCAGAUUAUAUCUCUCUUCACACUAAAGUAUUAUGAAGUUAUUCAAUUUACAGUUGAGCAGAGCAUGACAAACAUUCAUCAUUUUAUUUGCUUGAAGACAAAUUAUAUCAAAUGAAUAUGAACAAAAACAAAUCUCCUUGUAUAAUGAUGGCAAUUCACUUCUUCCCUAUUAAAAUGCCUGUGCAUGAAUAUUUAACAGGGUUACCACUCAAUUACAGAUUUUCUUUUAGCUCAACACAUUGACAUUUAGAUGAAUUAUUUGAGAAUGCACAGAUGCAUGUUUGGUCUACUUUUAUAUAUGUUUGAGUUAGAAUUUAGCGUUCAGCAAGGUGACUUUUUCCUCUUUAUAUUAGGUUAGUGGAAGAAAAAAUGCAUUUAAAAUGGUUAUCUUUGAUCUUCACUUGGAUUUAUUUGAAUUAAUCUGUUUGAAAGGAAACCAUGCAGUCUGCCAAUAGUUAAUAUGCUGUCAGGAUCUACAUCAUGCGGCUUUUACUCUCUUAAGAGAAACGAAUCACCGUUCAGGGACGUUUUGAGUCAUUUCAAAUGACAAAGAACUGCUUUUAAUCUUUUACUGAACCAACUAAAAUGUUUUAACCUUUUUUAAUCUGACCCUGCUUGUGCUGGAUAGGUCUUUGGAGAUUUAACCUCUAUGAAAAUCAAAGUAUGGUUCAAACAUUGCUCCUCUGAUGGUAAAACGUUUUUAAUGAUUUGUUUUUAGACUUGAAAGUUGUUACUGUUACUUCCUGGCCUUUAAGUUAUAUUGUGUGUUUGCUCAGAUGCUGCUUACUCUAGCACUACUGCUGUCUAGCAACACAGCAAUUAAUGUUAUCCUAAUGUUUGUUUACUGUAAAUUCUGUGCACUUUUAUCUGUGAUGAGCUGAGGCAGGUUGUGUCUCAGAGCUACAAGAUGGACUUCAUAUAAUGUGACUGAUACCUCCAGUGAAGGUUAGGAAUGUAGGCAUGGAUUGGCAUUUUUGAAUCUGCUGUGGCAUGAGUCUGUCAAAGCUGUAUAACCCUAAUAAAUAUCAGUUCUUUA